CGCCACACGCGUGCGCUUUUGGUUUUGUCCGUUGCGUUGCAGCUGCUGAAGGAGAAUUUCCACAAACGGCAACAAUUGGACUACUCCGGCGGAGUUCCUCUGCUGGCCCCGGCGGAGGAGCCGGGACGGCGGCUCAGAGCCGCGUCCUCCGUCUACCCCGAAGGAGCGACGCGCGGUCUGCCGUCGUGGCUCGCCUUCGACAAACAGGCGCUGCGCUUCGAGGCGUACUUCCGGGAAGCCGUGCCGGAGGCCCCCGACGAGAGCGACAGAAUCCGCACGUGUCGCAUCUACUUUUAUCCGGAAGAUGACACCAUUCAAGUGGUGGAGCCCAAGUACAAAAACAGCGGCCUUGCCCAAGGGACCCUGAUUGGUCGCCAGCGCAUCCCGCUGCCGCCCCCCGACCACGAGCGUUUCUACAACGUCUUCCACUUCAACCUCAACCGGCAGGUGGCGCUCUUCUCGCGCAUUUUCACCGUGACCGACUGCGACCAGUUCACCAGGAACUUUCUGGCCAAAUGCGGCGUCAUCCUCAACCAGCCGGUCGCCGUACCCCAAGACCCUUACCGUCGCCUCCGGGAAAAGAUGGAGACGAGCGCGAGUCCUUUGCGGCCGUACGAGAGGCGAGACACCCUCAAGCAGUUCUUGGAACACGACGGCAAAGUUCUGCGAUUCUUGUGCUUGUGGGACGAGAAACGGGCAGCGGGGGGCGACACUCGCCAGCUUCUGCUGCUGCGCUACUUCCUGGCCGACGACACCGUCGACAUCAGGCGGGUCGGCGGGGGCGCCGCGUUCCUCCGUCGAGGCAAACUGCCCAAGCAAACUCAGGAGCGCCGGAAUCUUCCCGGAGAGGCGAGCGAGCGCACCGUGCUCAACGUGCGAGGAGACCGCUUCCUACUGGACAGCCUCAAAACGGGCGCCGCCCGCGAGGAGUUUUACAAGGACUGCGAUCUGACGCUCGGAGGCGAGCUCAACGUGUGGGGCAGGAAAGUGAUUAUCGCCGACUGCGAUGACUUCACCAAAGACUUCUACCGCGCCAAGUAUGGCGUCGAGGACUUCAAGCCGGUGCAGUACGAAAGCCCGGCGGGCCCCGACCCCCCCGGGCCGGUCCCUCCUUAUAACGGCUUCGGCUCCGAGGAGGACUCGCUCGGCUCCUGCGGGCGCCUGCUUCCCAAACCCCCGCAGAAGGACCUCCUCAAAUUCCUGCACUACGACAGAUGCGGCCUUGAGAGUAACGUGCUGAAGUUCUCCGCCAAGAUGGAGAGCGGCAGUCAAGCGGACGGCGACAGGGACUUCGUGGUCUCCUUCCACCUGAGCGAUGACACCAUCAGCGUGUUCGAGCGCUCCCACAAGAACUCGGGCUUGCCGGGAGGGAUGUUUCUGUCACGGGCUCGCGUCAAGAAGCCGGGCCAGGAGUCGUUCAAGAGCGAGCCCUCGCGCUACUUUGGCGCCCGAGAUCUGCGCGUCGGGGCCGCCCUCGGCCUGAACGGGCGGCGCUUCCGGCUGCUGGAUGCCGACGAGUACACCCUCAACUUCAUGGAGCGACACGCUGAGCAGUUCCCCGACGCCAAUAUUGACGCCGUCCUGGCUAAACUCGGCUCCGUUCCGGAGGAAAAGCAGCGAGAGAUCAGGAACUUCCUGACCCACAGCGAUCCUUCCAACACCGGAUUUGUCACUUUUGACAGCUUCAGGAGCUUGCAGACGGCCACGGAUUGCGGGCUGAGCGAGCACGAGGUUCUGGUCCUGGCCCGCUCCUUUGCCGAGCGCCGGCGGCCCCGGGAGGACGUCGGCCUGACGCUGGCCGCCGCCCAGCACGUCCUCAAGAAGAAAAACUUUGACCGGCUGCCCGACAUGAGAAGAGUCUUUCAGCACCGCGACGUCGAAGGAACGGGCCACGCGUCGGUCAAAGAUGCCAGGACCGUCUGCAAAAGCUUCCAGCUGCCGCUCUCCGACAAGCUGCUGGCACACCUGCUGCGGAGCUUUGCGGACGGAGAGCGGCUCGACUACGGCGCCUUCCUGUCUGCCGUGGACUGGCUGGAGCGUCCCGCCCCCCCGGCGACGCCCGAUGACAUCCUGAAGUUCGACGUGACGCUCCGAAGCGAUGACGGCGGCGUGAAAAACAUCAAUUACUCCUCCCUGCUGCGCCGGGCCUUCCCCGGCGAGGCCCGAGACUGAGGAACUUCCGAUGUGGCCGUUCGAGAGGCGCCUCCGUAUGAAAGUCGAGCUCAUUACAGGUCAACGUCGCUUCCGCCGUGAAAGUGCGUUCGUACAAAAGACAAAAUGGCUGCCGUCAACUCAAAGAGAUGAGAAGAGACGUCAAAUGUUCUUCCGCGCUCGCUGACAACUUUCACUUCCACUUGGACAAAUAAAAGCGUCACGCCAGAUCGUUGAUGGCAAAUUGGC